AUUUAUUUCCUGAUGGCAAGUCUCGAGGUACUCGACACCUUCCUGGAUGCUUCUCCUCCAUUUUGGAUGGUUUUGGGCAAGUGACUGCCAAGUGUCUGUGGGAAUGCCGCACUUCCCCAGUGAGGCCUUGGGGGUAUCCCUGAAGAGCUUCCUCUGUCCACCUGGGGUUCACCUGCCAUGGGAGCUGGGAGUAGGGCACUUGCUCGGGCAGUCUCGUGUCAACCAUGCGGACGACGUGCCCAGUCCGUAAACAUCAUAACCAUAACCAGCAGCUUUUCAAUUUGUAAGAUCUGUUUUGCCCAAUGAAGCUUUGGUGUGGGGAGGGUGGGGUAUUAUAAUACCCCAUGGGCUGUGGAAGUGUCUGGCUGUAAAUUCUGGUCAUAAUUCCCUCAUUUCCACAAGUCCUUCGUGUUCAGGAGAUGUUCCAGGACCUGCUCUGAGGUGGACAGGGAUUUCACACCUUUCCCCAUGAGCAGCACCUUCAAACCGUUACCAUAGCAACCCCGGGCGGAAGUAGAUCCUUGACCUCCGACCCACUUCCUGGAGAUGCCUGCCGUUGGCCGCGGGGUUUGCGCGGGAUUUCAACCUGGGACUGAACGGCGGAGGGGAGCGAGAGAGAGCGCGGAGGGUGAGGAAUGACUUGCUUACCACAAAACAACCUGCAGAAACAUCUGGAUCUUCACUCAGAGAAGGGAAUCCACAACAAGCUUUCACUUGGAAAGCACAAACAAGGGGCAUUCACGUUUAAGAAGAUUCUCCCAGGCACUGUUGGAACACCAAGUUUCCAAGGACUAAACAAUACCUGUGCUCUGAAGGACAGAGAUGUGAAUGCUUUCAAGAAUGUGAUCGUGAGUAAGCCACAAUUAAACCUACACUCAACAAAACCUAAGGAGCAACAAUCAAAAAUCAAUAAUAUUUUGAAACAUACUACCAAGCAGUCAGAAUUGACCUCACAGACAGCUUUUCCUUUGUUAUCCAGUUCGCCAGCUGCAAUAACCAGUCCUGUUUCUCAGAAGCUUGACCCUGAACAGUCAUUUUCCUCUGUAAUUAACCUGGAUGACUGGGAUGAUCUGGAUGAUUUUGAAACGCCAUGGAAAGAAAGCAGUAGAUUGAAAGUAACUUUGCCUUCAAGCACAGAGCCCACAGUGCAAAAAACGAAUAACCUUAAGAAUAUAAAUUCCAGUGGACUGACUUCUCCCAAAAUUGGGAGCGAUCAGUAUUUGAAAAAUGCUGCUAGUGAAGAGAUCAAGGAUAAUCCGGCCAGGCUGUCUCCAAGAGAACCUGGUGCAGAGUUAAAGGAUGUGAACAAUAUUGCCAUUUGUCUGGGCAGUUCCCAGAAGGAGUUACCCCAUAGUGAUGAUGAAGAUUGUAUCAAAUCUUUCCCUUCAAGGAGGAAGAGUUCCUCUUCAGCUGUAAGGAUCGUCUUGAGUGAUGAUGAGUCAGAUAGUAGCAGGAAGGAGGUUGAAGAAGAGAAAAUUGACCUAACAGAUGCUGACAGGCUCCUAAGCAGCCAGCCGCAGCUGGAUACCAUCCUCACAGCUUGCUCACAAUCCAGAGACCUGGAGAAUGAGGGUUAUGAGUCUGAUUGUAUUCCGCCAUCCCCUGAAAGUGAUCAGAUUUCUCUGCCAUCGUUCAUAAAAUGUCUCAGUGACUCAGCAGAGACUGUGCGAUCCAAAGAAAGAUCUAUCUCUUUGGCUUGUUCACGGCCAGAAGAAAACAAACACAGCGAAGAACCAAUGUGUACAUCAGAUAAUGCGAGAGAUAAAGACACACCGGUGGGCUACAGCAACCAAUUGAUUCAAGUAAUGGAAAAUAUCUGUAGCUUGGUUGAACAGAUUCCUGUGAGUGAACUGCAGCAUCUGUCCUGUGCAAGUCAACUGCUUCAGCAGAGAGAGCUCAGAAGAAAACUUUUGGCUGAUCAGAAUGAAGCACAGAGCACAUUAAAUGGAGGUAUUUCAACAGCUGUCACAUUAUCCAAGCAGAGCAGUGCAGUGAGUAAUAUUUCUACAGAUCGUGUUACUUCACCUAUCUCUGUUAAUUCAUCCCAGGAACCAGGUUCUCCCAAAACAUUUACUUUCAAGAAAUCUUCCUUGAAAACCACAGGUAUGCCUAGAGAUAAUGUUUUCAGUACUGAAGACUUCUUUGCAGUGGAUCAAACCUCUGCACAUACGGGGAAGAAGAGUGCAACAUCUGACAAUUGCAAGAGCUUGCUCAGUAAGUCAUGUUUCCAAAGAAAGCUAGACCUCUCAACUGGAGGGAACAAGGCCACCCCACCUCAGUCUAAGUAUUCCUCACUCAAUUGCAUCUCGUAUGGAUCCUCUGAUGCUGCAAGCAGAAAUGACUUGGACAAAUCCACACAUGUAUCUGCUGCAAGAAUGCAUACUGCUGCUGAUCAGAAGCGGUUCAUUGAAAACAGUAGGAGCUGCAUGGCUGAAGAGGAUUUGAUGUUUGAUGACAUUGAUAUUGAUAACUUUGACAUUGAUGAUUUAGAUGUAGAGGAAGUUCCAGAAUGUUUUCUGAAUUCACCAAGUCAACCUGCAGGAAACACAUCGCAUGGAGCAAUUCAGCCAAUCCGAGAGGGAGGAACUAAAACGGCCUGGAGAAAGACUCCAGCUCAAGAUGGCAGUGAGCACACAUCUCGUCCCUCUGCAACUGCUAGCAUCAAAAAAUCCCAAGCACUGCAGGGCUUCUCAGAGGCUUCCCAUGAGCAAGGACAUUCCAGAAGUCCUGUGCUGGAGCGUUUCCGAGGCUUCCACUUCCCACACUCCAAGGAGAUGAUGCGUAUCUUUCACAAAAAAUUUGGGCUGCACCAGUUCCGAACAAACCAGCUGGAAGCGAUCAAUGCUGCCCUGCUGAACGAAGAUUGCUUUGUCUUGAUGCCCACAGGUGGUGGUAAGAGUUUGUGUUACCAGCUGCCAGCCUGUCUCACCCAAGGAGUCACUGUUGUGAUUUCCCCACUCAGGUCACUGAUCCUAGAUCAGGUGCAGAAACUGACCUUGUUUGACAUUCCAGCGACACAUCUAACUGCGAGUAAGAGUGACUCUGAGGUUGCCAGUACCUAUAUGCAGCUGUCCAAAAAGGAUCCUGUUGUGAAGUUGCUUUACUGCACACCUGAGAAGGUCAGUGCCAGUAACCGACUGAUUGCUGCAUUGAUAAAUUUGUACGAGAGGAAGCUUCUAUCUCGUUUUGUCAUCGAUGAGGCUCACUGUGUUAGCCAGUGGGGCCAUGAUUUCCGUCCUGAUUACAAGAGACUGAAUGAGCUUCGGAGCAGAUUUCCCACGAUCCCAAUGAUGGCCCUGACGGCCACAGCCACACCACGGGUCCAGAAAGAUAUCCUCAACCAGCUCAAGAUGCUAAAGCCUCAAGUGUUCACCAUGAGCUUCAACAGACACAACUUGAAAUAUGAGGUCCUGCCAAAAAAGCCGAAGAAGAUUGCUGAAGAUUGCAUUGAGUGGAUCCAGAGGAACUAUCCACGCGACUCGGGGAUUAUUUAUUGUUUGUCACGGCAUGAAUGUGACACAGUGGCUGAAAGACUGAGGAGAAAUGGAAUAGCUGCAAUGGCCUAUCACGCUGGCCUUCAGGAUUCCAACAGGGAUUUCAUACAAAACAAGUGGAUUAACCAGGAAGACUGCCAGGUGAUUUGUGCCACCAUUGCCUUUGGAAUGGGGAUAGAUAAACCAGAUGUUCGCUAUGUGAUCCAUGCCACACUGCCCAAGUCGAUGGAAGGAUAUUACCAGGAGUCGGGUCGUGCUGGGAGGGAUGGCGAAACGUCCCAUUGUGUCCUUUUCUACAGUUACAGUGAUGUCACCAGGAUCAGGCGCAUUAUCCAAAUGGAGAAGGAUGGGAACCAGUUCACCAAACAGACCCACUUCAAUAAUUUAUAUAACAUGGUCCAUUAUUGUGAGAAUGUGGUGGAGUGCCGCAGGAUACAGCUGCUGGCAUACUUUGGGGAAAAUGGCUUUAAUUCCCAGUUUUGCAAAGAACACCCAGAAGUGGCUUGUGACAACUGCCUCCGGAAGAAAAAUUACAAGACCAGGAAUGUCACGGACGAAGUGAAGAACAUUGUGCAAUUUGUUCAGAAGCAUUGUGCUAGUGCCAAUGGACGGAUACACAGUGCAAGCCAGCCAUCCAGCAGGCUCACUUUGAACAUGCUCGUUGAUAUCUUCCUCGGUUGCAAGAAUGCCAGGAUCCAGUCUGGUAUCUUUGGGUCAGGAGCUGCCUAUUCCCGUCACAAUGUAGAACGAUUGUUUCGAAAGUUGGUGCUGGAUAGAAUUCUUCGUGAGGAUCUGUACAUCACAGCCAAUGACCAAGCAGUUGCUUAUGUGACUGCUGGAGAGAAAGCUCAGCAAGUUCUGAAGGGCUUGCUCCAGGUGGACUUUCAGGAGACCGAUAAUGCCAGCAGCAUCAGGAAACAGAGGAAUUCGAUGGCAAAGAAUGUUUCUAAACGGGAGGAGAUGGUUAAGCAAUGUCUUACUGAUCUCACUGAACUUUGCAAGAAACUGGGCAAAACCUUUGGUGUCCAUUACUUUAACAUUUUUAACACUGCCACCAUCAAAAGGAUUGCAGAGUCACUGUCAUCGGACCCUGAAGUCCUUCUGCAGAUUGACGGAGUCACCGAGGACAAAUUGGAUAAAUAUGGAGGUGAACUUAUCGAAGUUCUCCAGAAGUACUCUGAAUGGCAGUUGCCAGGUAAAGAGGAGGAAGCAUUUGAAGCUAGAACUUCUGACAGUUGGAUAGACUGUGGAAAAUCUCAGGAGGAGGAGGAGCAGUGCGAGGAAACCUCGGUGUACUUCAAUAAAAGCAAAAAUACCAACAGCAGAAAACGGAAAAAAGGAUCCUAUUACAGAAGGACAAAGAAAAGGAAAACUGGAUACAAUAACCAGCAGUCUUCAAAAAGCUCUAACACAAAGUUUGCAACAACUUCAAAACAUUCCAACCCCAGGCCAGCCACAGGCAACAGGCGCCCAGGGGUAAUGCCGUUACCUGUUCCUCGCAGCAACAUCAGCCAACGGCCCUUCCUCAAACCAUCAUACUCAUUUAGCUGACCCUUGCUGUGACCUCUGGGAUGCGUGCAGUCUUUGAGACAUUUCUGCGAUCUCAGCUGAUGGAUGUUUCUUGGGUGUCGUUUGAAAAGGAAAUUAAAUCCAAAGCAUUUUGUCGAAUUUUGAAUUCUAAGACAGCUGACCGAGGCGGGGAAAAGAUGUUUCCGAUUUAAGGUGCUCUUCACUGCUGAUUUCACCCUGUAUCAUUGUACUGAAUGAAGUCUUGCUGCAUUCUGUAUGGAAGCUGGGAGGAAUCUUGUUGAGUGAUCUCCCAGUUGCAGUGCUGCUGCAGUGAUCAGUGCCCCAAUCUACGUUACAUUGGCACUGAGGCCACAAUACAGGUUGCAACAUUUUAUUUAGAAAAGGAAUUAAUUUUUAAGAUAUGUUGGGUCCACAGAAUAUUUGCCUUUGUGGGACCAGGCUGGAAUUCUUGUACAGUAAAAUACUGUCUUUGCACUCACUAGAUAUCUGAUCUUCAUAAAGCUACUUUAUUGAAUAGAUCUGUUCUCCUGACAGUUUGUAAUUACACUUUGGAUAAAUUCAGCAAUCUGCUUAGAUCAAUUUGUUGCUAAAACCUGUUUUUUUAAACAUUGCACGUAACUGCAUUUCAUCUUAAAUAUACAUAAACUAUUCUCAAACUAUAUUUCAGUCUUGAAGCUUGAUUUACAUAUUUUACAGAAAUUGUAUUUCUGCUGCAAACUUCAAUGAGAUUUUGUGUUUUAGUUUGGUUUUGAAUAUAAUAAUUUUCCCUAAUCUUCAGUCCUCAACUGGAAGCAUAUUCUGGAACUUCAUUCUCAUUUAAUAUCUCAAACCCUAUUACUUCAUGUUCGCAGGACCUUGUGUCCAUGGCUGAAGUGUGUGACUGCUGUAACUUGCAGGCUAAUGAGUUAAUUUGCCUCCCCUCAUAUAUUGUCACGCACUACUCUCCUCUGGUCUUCCCACAUCCACCUCACCCAGAAAACUGCACGAUGAGAAAUCCAUUCUUUGAUCUGUCAUUCUAUAUGGUGCUAGUGUAUAUCUAUUUCAUUAAUGUAAUGUAUUAGUUUGCAAGAAGGCAUUUUGUGUUUUAAAUUAUGCAAUAAAUAUAAGGUUUCAUUUUUUUCCAGUCCUGCGGACUGUGUUUAAACAAUAAAGAACCUCUGGGCACUUGUGGCAAGUUGCAAAAGUU